CAGAUGGAGUCUCUACAGCAGAGACAACAAGACUGACGGAGCUUAACUGAGACUUUCAUCCACUGCUGCACAGUGAAGACCAUACGAACCCACCUCAGCAUGGCUGCUCCACGUCUCGUUUUGUCUGUGUGCCUGCUGAUGCUGGCUGUCAUCACUCUGGCUGAAGGUUUGCGUGGUGCUGGUCCAAAGAAAUGCUGCUUCACUUUCACUGAAAAACCAGUGGCUAAAGAGAGAGUGGUCGGCUACGUCAAAACCAGCCAGCGCUGCUCUAACCCGGCCAUCCUGCUGAAGACAGUUGUAGGCCGUCAGCUGUGUGUCAGACCUUCAACCCCUUGGAUGAAGGAGGUUAUCACAUACCUGAACAACAAAGCUCUUCCAGGACAGACAAAAAAUCUGUAACCAUGACAACAACAUACAGUCUACAUGGACAACUUAAUAGCUUUUAAUGCUACAACUUUUUAAAACUAUAAGCAAACAGCAGCUUCCCUGUCUAUUAAAGUUACUAAAUAUUUUAAUAUUUUACAUGUACAAGAAUGAAGUAAAUGGGAUUUUCCAUUUUCCAUAUAUAUGAAGUAUUUUUGUGUUUUAGUAUUGGUAUUAAAAUUAAGUGUAUUUUUAACUUAACCCUUAAAGUCUGACUGGAAAUAAUGUGAGAUCCAGCCUAAGAGAGUACUGUAUAUUUAUCAUAAAAAAAAUGUCCAACUCAUGGUCAUCAGUAGAGUAUAAGCUAUGAGCUACAGCACUUGUUACUGACCUUUUUAUCUUUUCUAAUUUUAUUUAAAGUGUUUGGGCUUUUCAUGAUUACUUUUUUGUUUUUUACAGUUAUGAUUUGGAAAAAUUAAAUAGUUUACACAAGUUUUACUAUUUCACAGAAUAUUAAUUUGUUUCAUGUGGUCUUACUGAUUUGAUUGUCUUACAUUAAAACAACAUAAUGUGA